AUGACAAUAUUUCACGAUGAAAUAGAGAUUGAAGACUUUGAGUAUGAUGAAGAUGACGACAUGUAUUACUAUCCGUGUCCUUGUGGAGACAGGUUCCAGAUCAGUAAGGAAGAGUUAAUGGCCGGAGAAGAAGUUGCGACAUGCCCGAGCUGCUCCCUAGUUGUUAAAGUUAUAUAUGACUUGGACAAAUUUAAAGCAGAAGCUGAAGAAUUACAAAGUGAAUCGAAAGAAAAGGAAGCUGUGAAAGCC